AUGAAGUCUCUGAAAAUUGAAGGAGCGUUCAGUAGUCCAAACCAAGCAGCAACAACUGUUUCCACUGCGAAAUUGAAUAUCAAAACCCCAAAUUCCGAAAUGCUUGAUACCAGAUCUGAUAUCAAAAUCCCCAAAACUGAAGCUAUUGCUGCUCUUUCCGGUACAAAAUUGGAUAUCAAGACUCCAAAAUCUGAAAUGGUAGACCAAUACCCUUUAUCUAAAAGGGGGAAUGAUUCUCUGACUCCAUUGAAAAGAAAAUUCGGAGAAAGUUCUUGUCACCUUGUUGAGGAGGAGCAUGAUGGUGCUACUGAUGAUGAUGAAGAGAAUAGUCGCACUGGUGCCGAUGAGGAGCGCAAUAGCACUGACAAGAGCGAGGAUGAGGACGACGAGAAUGAUAGCACUGAUGAGGAUGAGGAUGGUAGUACGGAUGAAGAUGAGGAUGAGGAUGAGGAACUGAUGAUUUAUAUGAUGCUGCUAAUGAUGGUUUUUGUUUUAACCACGACAAUGCAUGUUUUUCAAUUUCGUUCCUAA